CAAAAGCGGCGCAGACAGGCUGCUCUCAUCUGCGCCAACAUGGCUGAUGAAAUAGCGAAAGCGCAGGCUGCCAAGCCGGGAGGAGACACAAUAUUUGGAAAAAUUGUUCGUAAAGAGAUUCCUGCCAAUUUCCUCUAUGAAGACGACCAGUGUGUGGCCUUCCCUGAUGUUGCUCCUCAAGCUCCCACUCACAUCCUCGUUGUCCCAAAAAAGCCAAUUGUUCAGCUGUCACAAGCGGAGGACGAUGAUGCAGCAUUGUUGGGCCACAUGAUGAUAGUUGCAAGGAAGUGUGCUAAAGAUGCGGGCCUGACCAAAGGCUACAGGAUUGUCAUCAAUGACGGGCCAGACGGAGGCCAGUCGGUCUAUCACAUCCACCUCCACAUCCUGGGUGGACGUAUUAUGAAAUGGCCCCCUGGCUAACUCCCAUCACCCGACACAGACCACCCUGCCAUCAGUGUUCACAUGUGUUCUCUUGUAACCACUACUGCAGUCAUGUGAAUUAAAAGUCAAACAAAACCUGGGAGUUCGUCAAUGAUAAUAAAACACACUUCACAACAUCA